CCGCCAUCCACCCGCUGCCGGAAUGUGGACGGCGCUGGCCCGGCCGUGAGGCGGCUGCGCGGCCCGCCGAGCCGUUCUCGCCCGGCUUCCACCUCCCCUGCGCAGAGAACUGGCAGUCGAGCCAGGCGGCGGCCGGGCUAGAGGCGGCGGCAGAGCGGGAGGAAGGCUCGGCUGCCACCGGUUCUUGUGGCGGGAGAAGAAUACUGAGCUGAGAUGGAAGUCAAAACAUCAUUUAGCAAAGCCAGUAGGAUUCCUGAAACUGUAUCCACAUUAAUUAAUGAAGAAUUUGUCCUGGUUCAUCAGCAAUCGGAGGAUACCCCUGGAAAAGAUGAAAAACCUCAGCUGAAGGUAUUUUCAAAUGGAGAUGAUCAGCUGGAGAAAGCAAUGGAAGAGUUACUGAGGGAUUCUGAAAAAGACCAGAACAAUUUCACUGCUCUCCAGGAAAGUUCCAGUGAUGCAAGCAGCCAGGCAGCUCAAGAUGGGUCAGCAAGUCAAACGCAUCAGCCAUCUUUGCACCUUGCUUUAGACCCUUCUACUACAGAAAUCUCUGCACCGAGGCCAUUUUUUCCUGGUGAACCCCUGGAAGAGGACAGCGUAUUGUUUAACAAACUGACUUAUUUAGGUUGCACAAAAGUGUCUGCCCCUCGAAAUGAACCAGAAGCUCUGCAUGCCAUGGCAAACAUGAAAUCCUCAAGUCAAGCCCCUUUACCUGUAACACUUUAUGUUCCAAACAUUCCAGAAGGCUCUGUAAGAAUAAUAAAUCAAUCAAGCAACAUAGAGAUAGCCUCAUUUCCAAUCUAUAAGGUGUUGUUUUGUGUGCGUGGACAAAAUGGAACUUCAGAGAGUGACUGUUUUGCAUUUACUGAAAGCAGCUGUGGAACAGAGGAGUUCCAGAUUCAUGUUUUUUCCUGUGAGAUUAAAGAGGCAGUCAGCCGAAUUUUAUAUAGUUUCUCAACAGCAUUCAAACGUUCUUCCAAACAAGCAUCUGAUCAUGUUAAGGACUUUGUUCUUCCUACUCCAGAUAGUGAUGUGUACACUUUCAGUGUUUCUUUAGAAGUCAAAGAAGAUGAUGGAAAAGGAAAUUUUAGCCCUGUGCCAAAGGAUAGAGAGAAAUUGUAUUUCAAGCUUAAACAGGGAAUUGAGAAGAAAGUGGUGAUUACAGUUCAGCAACUCACAAACAAAGAACUGGCCAUUGAAAGAUGCUUUGGGAUGCUACUAAGCCCUGGACGAAAUGUGAAGAACAGUGACAUGCAUUUACUAGACAUGGAAUCCAUGGGAAAGAGUUCUGAUGGGAAGGCUUACGUAAUUACUGGAAUGUGGAAUCCUAAUGCACCCAUGUUUCUAGUACUUAAUGAGGAAACUCCUAAAGAUAAACGUGUAUUCAUGACUGUGGCAGUAGAUAUGGUUGUUACUGAAAUAGUAGAGCCAGUUCGUUUUUUGCUGGAGACUGUUGUGCGUGUGUAUCCUGCCAAUGAACGUUUCUGGUACUUCAGCAGAAAAACCUUCACAGAAACUUUUUAUAUGAAAUUAAAACAGUCUGAAGGAAAAAGCCAUACAAAUGCUGGGGAUGCAAUUUAUGAAGUUGUCAGUCUACAAAGAGAAUCUGCAAGAGAGGAAGAAUUGGUCAGCCCAACAAGUGGAGGAGGGCCUGUAUCAUCCCAGGAGGAUGAGGCAGAAGAAGAGAGUGAUAAUGAACUCUCCAGUGGCACUGGUGAUGUGUCAAAGGAUUGUCCUGAGAAGAUUUUGUAUUCCUGGGGAGAAUUACUGGGGAGAUGGCACAAUAAUCUUGUUGUGAGACCGAACGGAUUGUCUACCCUGGUGAAAAGCGGUGUUCCAGAAGCACUAAGGGCAGAGGUUUGGCAGUUGCUGGCAGGAUGCCAUGACAACCAGGCAAUGCUGGAUAAAUACAGAGUUCUCAUCACAAUGGAUUCUGCUCAAGAGAGUGUCAUUACACGAGAUAUUCAUCGUACAUUUCCAGCACAUGAUUAUUUCAAAGACACAGAGGGAGACGGUCAGGAAUCUCUAUACAAAAUCUGUAAGGCAUACUCUGUCUAUGAUGAAGACAUUGGCUAUUGCCAGGGACAGUCCUUCCUUGCAGCUGUGCUUCUACUUCAUAUGCCGGAGGAGCAAGCGUUCUGUGUAUUUGUGAAAAUAAUGUAUGACUAUGGCUUGAGGGACCUCUACAGAAAUAACUUCGAAGAUCUCCAUUGCAAAUUCUUCCAGCUGGAGAAGUUAAUGCAGGAGCAGUUACCAGACCUGUAUGGCCAUUUCUCAGACCUCAAUUUGGAAGCUCAUAUGUAUGCAUCCCAGUGGUUCCUCACUCUUUUUACUGCCAAGUUUCCGCUCUGCAUGGUCUUCCAUAUCAUUGACUUGCUACUUUGUGAGGGUAUGAACAUAAUCUUCCAUGUAGCCUUGGCUCUCUUAAAGACCUCGAAAGAGGACCUUCUACAAGCUGAUUUUGAGGGAGCUUUAAAAUUCUUCAGGGUUCAGUUGCCCAAGAGGUACAGAGCUGAAGAGAACGCCAGAAGACUGAUGGAACAAGCCUGCAACAUUAAGGUGCCAACAAAAAAGCUGAAGAAAUAUGAGAGAGAGUACCAAACGAUGCGAGAGAGUCAGCUGCAGCAGGAAGAUCCCAUGGACAGAUACCAGUUUAUAUGUUUGUAGGUAACUCUCCUGCUGUUGCACUUUUAUGGGAGAUCUUCAUGAGAUGCAGAAACAAAGGGUGAUUCUCAGCUACAGACACAAAAAGGAGAAAAUACACAUUGUUCUAGCACAAGCUGUGUGCAGUGGCAUCCACAGAGACUUUUGGAAGAUGAACUCUUCCUUGACUGAUAUGAUCCUUGUUAUUCAUCUCUGUUAAUACCAAGCAUCAGUAAUUUUUUGUUAAUAUAAUGCCUAGUACAGUGGGAGCCAGAGCUCUCCUGGGGUCCUAAGGUACUACUGCAGUACAGUUAAUAGUGAUAAAUAUCUUGCCUUAAAACAGCAGAGAAAUAAAGGUUCAGUUAUUAAUAUUACAGCUUAAUAGUUCACCAAAGAAAGAAUAGUUCUUUAAUUUUGGAUCAGCAUUGUUUAUCUUUCCAAUGUAUUUGCUUUUAUUGUCACAGCUACAUUCUGUUGCCAUAGAUUUUUGUAUGAUGGAGGCUCUGCCUCUAGGCAUAUACUUCACUUGGUGUUCAGGAUCUGUUUAUUGCUUACCCUGUUUUGAAAAAUUCGGUUUUCUUUAGGUGAAGCUGCCAGAGAUGAAACACUUUAGUGCCUAUUGCCCAGAUUAGCUGGGAACUGACAUUGCUUACAUACACCUGUACUGUUUUCCUGCUGUUCUUCUUUAUGCCUUAAUGUGUUAAAUGACAUUGCAGUUGGUAUGGUGUCUACAAGGAGCAUGGAGUAGUAAAUAAAGACAGAGGGUGCAACAGGUUUACGUGGUCUAUGAACGUAAGGAAAGUGCACCAUGUUCAGAAAACCACCAUACGAAAAUCUGUACUGAAAGACUAUGCCAUCAUUCAUAAAUGUGAGUUAAAGGUACAGAGGAAGUAAAACUGACGUUUGUUAUUUUUUUAGGUAUUUGCCUGUGAAAAAUAAUGUUUUGAUUGUAGUUCUUUGCAUGUCAAAGGGUGUAGGUAUUGUUGUUCGUGAGGACUGGGACUGCUGUAGCGGCUAAGAGCCAACAGUGAGUGUGACCUAUUUAGAAACACCCACAACCUGCUGCUGAUUAACUUCUGAUUUUUUUUCCAGUGGUUCAUUUAUAGCACUGUGGAAUUUAAAAAAUACUUAGAAAACAAAUAAGGGUUCUUUAAAGCCCUGUGGAAGCAUAUUAACUAGUUAAUCUUGAGUGACAGACAGUGAAGAACAUUAUCCCUAAGCUGCAAAUGAGGAUAUAGAAAGUGACUCUUUGGCCACUCUCACAGUCAAAACACAGCCCGUGAUUUUGGCUUGCACUGUUGAAAUUCGCUUUGUGGUAUUUUUUAUUAAGCUGCAUUGGGUCUGAUCCCCUCAGCGAUGCUGUGAUUAGAGAGAGUCCCCAAAACUGCUUAGUUGCACAUUAAGUUCAAAGUUUGUACACAUUCUUCACCUGAUGGGUGUCAUGGAGAAAUGCUUUUAAGUGUUCUCUGUUCCUUGUCUUGCUUGUGUGAUUUUAUUAAUGUGUCAGGCUGAGGUUGGUAGGAGUCUACAUUCCAAGAGUGUUUGCAAAGGGCAGCAAGAAAUGCAACUGUGUGGCUCCUCACAAGCAGAAAGUGGAGGGCCGACUUUGCUUGUCCCUUAAAUGAUUGCGCUGCAGCCCAUGCAUUUAGAAGUGCAUUUCAGUGCUAGACUUUGCCCAGCCAGGCUUGGUUUGGGAAAGGACCAAGUCUACACUGCUGAAAAGCCAGUACUGCCUCUGAGCGCGGUGUUGCUGUUAGCUCCCUCUGGCCUUGUGCGCUCUCUGUGUAGGCUGUGCCCUAAAGGCCUACAUCGUUGUGAUUUUUACAGUUUCUCUUCACAGAACAAAAUGAGGUUUUGGUUUGCUGCCCAGGAAGGAAACGACAUUGCUGGAGUAGAGAUCCCUGCAGAAUAUUAGUCUCAUAGGUGAAGAAGGAAACAGGCUUUCAGUCUGUUGAUAGUUUUUAGUUAGUGUUUGUUGUUCGCAGUGUGCUACAGUUUUUAUUGCCAGUAGAGAUUUGUCAGGACCACAGAGACACUGACCUUUCUGAGCUGUGAUGAAGGAUGUCCUGAGUAAGAUACCUCCCUGUGACCUGUGGCUUGAGGGACUGUUGAGUAGGAGAUGGGCUGUUUGCUGCACUGCACUGCGAGCGGUGCGGAGGGAACUCGCGGGAGCCGACACAGCUCUUGAAUGAGGGUCUGACUUUCACCUGGCAUCUAGGGGAGACCAGGACCAAACCAGAGCAGUGUGAGGGCACAGCCCCCUUUCUUCCUCUCCUCCCCAGUGCUCAGGUCCUAGAAGUGUUCCCGAGCACAGGAACAGUGCGGUCAAGCAGCCUCCUGUUGGAAGGCCAGGAAAGACACACUUCCUGCCUGAGGGCAGCUGGGUAUGUCCAGGCAGGAGGCUCCUCCAAACCCACUGACCCCACACUCUCAACAGGCUCCACAAAAGGGAUGGUUUUGCAACUUCUGGCCUGCUGUUAACCAGUUGCAUUUUCUUGUCAGGUCAGAUUCAUGUGCAACAAUGAGCUGUGUUAUAUGCCACAGGACUUCCUGCCCAGCUCAUAUUUUACGUGUUGAUUUGACUUACCAAAGAACAGUAUUAAUGAGUGCCUUUUUGUGUGUGUGUGUUUCCUUCUGUAUUUACAAAUAUUAUUUAGGAAAAGUGUGUGUUUUCAUAGGCACUUUUUUAUUUUCCAUUGCUUAUAACAAAUUAUCGCUCAUGUUUUGUCAGAUAGGUGCAAAAGUAAAUAUGUUCCAAAUUGCUGUUUGUCACCAAAUUUCAUGACUUUCAGUUCAAAUAAAUUGCAGAUUGCCUAUAGAAGCCGAGAAUAAAACUGAGUUGCAUGUGCAGAAUAAGUAGUAAACAUAGUUCAGACUGAUAUUUUUAUAUAUACAUUAUGGGGGGGGAGGGUGUGUGUGGGGGGUGUGGUUCUGUGUUUGAGAACACCUCAUGUAACAGGGUUUUGGUUGACUUGAUGAGAAAUUGCCAGAGUUGGGCUUGGGACUUCCUGAUUUAAAAUAAAGAGGACAUAACCAUACGAAGAAGGGCUGGAGUUUUGCAAGCAGAUCCUGCUUGUGCACACAGCUUUGUUCUGAGGGUAGAAACGCGUUUUCCUCUGUGGACCUUGUUGUGCAACAGAAAAGUUUUCUGUCUGAAUAAACGCGUAACUUGGACAUAAUAGCCUUUUGUGUAUUUGAAGUGGAAGCAAAAGUUAAUACACUGGUCAUUUUCAUUCAGAGUCAUGGUAACUGAAUAGUCAUGAGGAAACAUGUGAGAUAACUCUUGAUGUGGAUCAUUGUUUGUGGUUUAAAAAAAUUAAAAAAAAAAAAAGUGUGCUGGGGCACUUUUGGAAAUAUUGCUUCAGAGUCAACAAACAGAAACCAAAAACCACCUCUGGAAGCCUCUGUGUUGCUUCCCGUGAGAGGUUUUCCUGGAUAGUUUGCCAUAAAAGCCUUUCGGGUUUCUAGAUGGAAGUUCACAGGGUUUUCCUUCAGAGCAACUCUGCCAUCGAGAGCCCUUUCCAGUGGGCUUAUGAAGACUUCAAUUUGCUCACAUCCAGAAAAGUGAAUUUUAAUCAGUGUUCGCAUUCCACCAUUGAGGAUCUGUUCAUGCCCAAGAUCUGGAGCUUAGGUGUUUGCUCAUCAGCAGAUGCGACACUGAAUUGCUUAACAAGGUUUGUGACUCGUUACACCCCGCUUGAGUAGCAGCACAGAGAGGAUGCAUCAUCGCCACUAAUCUUGUCAGGAUUUGCUCCUUGGUGCUGGCUGGAAGGGAGCAGAGGGUGGAGUUCAGCAUUUCAGCCUUCCUGAGCUGAGGCUUGCCUCGGCUUUCAAAUUUGUCUCCUUCUUUCCGUCCAGCGUGUGAUGGAAGCUGGAUUAUACCCUCUUUAAAACUCAGAACCAAAAACUCACUGAAGAAUUAGCAACUUUUUUUUUCUUUUUUUUUUUUUCCCCUGUCUUUGUUGGUAUUAAAAAUUAUUUCAUAUCCUGUUUUCACUGUCUUUACACCAAUGGUUGAAAGCAGUGUUUGGUCUGUGACUUUACAGGAGGUAAGUUUAUUUGUGUUUGUAUGUAUCAGCAGUGUUUGUCCAUUUUGGAAAUGCAGUAUUCUCCUUUUAAAAGCUAACCAGAGUUCACCAUCUGCCUUUUGUAGACAGGAGGAGGAAUUUGGGAAAGAGGAAUCUCUUAUUUUACUGACUGUAGAAACUGAGCUACACCAAAGAGAAGGAAAUGGUUGUCAUAGUUAGUAAAUUGUUAGGGGUGCAUAGAGAAACGGCAGGAAGCUGUAUGUUUACACCAAGGACAGCUAGCAGGUCUGACUAGUUGGGUUAUGCCAGGUUACAAAAUGCCGUCUGUGAUGUGAGUCCUGCUGUAACAAACCAGCUCCAUCUGUUGAACUUUAUGCCAUUGUGAAUGGUAUUUUAUAAAACCCUGUAAAUAUUUCAGAGCCUUAGAAAAUAUGCUACAUAUGAAAAGCACUAUUUGCUAUUUUUGUCUGUAGUGUGUAACGUCAAGUUUUAUUUAGGCUUAAGCAGAUUAAUAGUUUCCUCCUGAGGAAGAAGGCAGUUGUUCACUGCUAAAUUUGGGGGGAGGAGCUGGAAAAGA